CCACCAAGUUGUCACGAUAACAAUCAAUAACUUCCACUUCACCCCCCCAUCACACAAUGCCCAUAGCGGCGCGCACAUCUGGCCGCCGCGUCGCGUCCUACAACACUGGCGGCGGCGGCGGCAGCGGGGCAGGCGGACAGGCAUCACGCCGCGCCCUCGCCCGCGACCACAGCCGCUACACUACUGCUCAAACCAAGCCGGCCAACUCGGACUUUGUAGAGUUCCUACACCACCUGCUAGACAUUCUCUUCACACCCAUAACGUAUCCCCUCCGCCAGCUGCGCAACCUCGUCACGUCGCCCCUGACCAUCACGGUGGUGAUCAAGGCGCUGCUCCUCAUCAUUGUCAUUGUCGCGUCGGCCGGCUUCUCCUUCCUUGCCGUCGGCGCGUUCUGGUGGUCAUGGGGAACAGGCGGCAACGUCGAGGUCGAGGGCUGGCUCAUAUACGGCUCGCGUACCCAGCGCAUGCCGCACGCCGUGCUCCAGCUCCCACACGACCGCUUCCAGGAGGACCUGCCCUACGAUGUGCAGGUCGAGCUCGAACUCGUGCGCCCGUCUGCCCGCGCCGAGGAGACGGGCAACUUUAUGGUCACACUCGAGCUCCGCUCUCAGCGCUCACCACCCACGGUCAUUCUUCAUGCUGCACAGCCGUCGCUCCCCCCUCCACCACUCGAGGCAGCGAUGCUGUCGCUCCCCUCGUUCCCUACCUACCUCCUGCCCCCGUGCAUCAUCCCGUGGCCAUUCCGCGGCCUGUGCCCGUCGCGAAUCCUCGGCUAUGCGGAUACCCCUAAUGCAAAGAUCAAGGAGAGGAGGCGACGCAGUUCGUCGCCGGCCAACGGCAAGGAGGUCGUCUUGCUCACAAAGGAGCUCGUCGAUGCGGUCGUCAUCAACCCGGGACGGGGCGACCUGACUAUUGGGUCGGCUUUCGUCAGCAUUGGUCGUGAAGACACGUCGCCAGAGAGCGACCAGGCAUCUCGGUACUAUCGCGAGGUGCGCACCACCGGCUGGGUCGUGGUGCGCUUCGUCCCACAUCCGACUGGGAUCCGUUGGCUCCUCACUUCCAACCCUAUCCCGCCGCUCAUUAUCCUGCCGCCAUUGUCGCUUGGCCUCGCCAUCACAUCUGCGGUCAUCGGCUUCAUCAUCAUCUCAGUCCUUACUCGCCGAUCCGCAGCCUCAUCGACGACCAAAGACGCCGUCAAGCCACGGUCACCGUCGCGGAGCGAGACGCCGAAGGCGCCUACCCCGGCCAGGCGGACCAACUUUGCCGACAUUCCCGUGGCCAGCGGGUCGAGUCCGCGUGGGGCACGAGACGAGGCGUGGGAGGAGAUUGAGAACAGGCGCUGGUCCGGCCCUGGAGAGCGCGUCGAGUUUGUACAGUCCGAGGUGUUUGAUGAGAGCGACCCGGCGUCGCAUCCGGCAACCGAGGCGACUGUGACCGAGUCGGGAACUGGGACUGUGGCGGGGUCUGUGACUGAGCGCGAGUCUGAGACUGAGAACGGGGACGACACGGAGAGCUGGGAGAGUAGUUGAGUAAUUGCUACGACGACGAAUCGUUACGCCUGUAAUGCAACGGAUACAUU